AUGAAUGGUGCGCCAGGGGGCUCUCGGCAAUCGCAGAAAGCACCGCCGGAAGGCGGUCCUAUCCGCCAAUCUGCUACUGUACGUGCCCCUACACAACAACAACCUGCUGUUUCGGUGGCUUUUUUUCCGCAACAGAAUGAAGCUGGCCCUAGCUGUCAGCCCAGCACUGUUACGUCAUCGCAGGCAUUUCCUAGUAUCGUGCAACAAUCGGCCGCACUGAGGGAAUCGUUUCCAGUGCUACAUUCACCCGCUGUCCAGCAUCCGAUGGGUUGGCCGCCACAAUUUGAAAUGCAGCUACUGCAGUCCGCCUCUUCACAAGUUGCUGCUGGGUUACGCUACUCUCAGCCAUCAACGAGCCAGCAACCGCCAUCUGGAACAGAUAUAACAGUGGGUGUAUCACCACUUUCCUCUCUACCUUCUCCUUCCAUUUCCAGUGCCUCAUUAUUAACGGGUAUUGGUUUAAGCCCAGGCUCCGGUCCUGUUUCUGGUCCUAGUUCUAGUUCUGGUCCUGAUCCUGGCUCAUCUGGGCAAUCACCACUUCAAAUGUUGGGUGCAAUGAAUCCAGCUCUUUUGGCACAAUAUCAGGUCAUUCUAGCUGCUGCUGCACAACAGCACCAAGCUGCUGUAGCGGCAGCUGCAACAUUAGCUGCUGUAUCUGGUGGACGUUCACCACAAAUUGGAUCGCGUGUAGGUCCACCUUCGACGCCUGCAUUAUCUCUUGAGCAGAAUUUACAGCGACAUUUAUUACAGUUACAACAACAGCAGCAACUUGCAGCUUCGGGUACUGCCAUCCAUUUACUGCCGUCAUCACCACUGCAUGGUACAACUUUAAUGACGCAAAUGCAUGCUGCAUUAGCUGCUGUUGGAGUAUUACCACAACCUCCGCAGGCCUUGCCGACUCAUACAACUGCUCAACCUACACAUCCACCCUCACUUCUCUCGCGCGCUGCUGUUGCAACUGCGCGACAAGCUUUAUUACUUGCUUCUACUUCUCAUGCUGCUGUUGCUGCUGCAACUGUCACCACUAUUCCCACACCUUCAGCAUCUUCAUUGCAACUCUCUACAUCACAACCAUACUCUCAAGCUCUUGGUCGUAUUGUAAUGAUGCCGCCGCCUCCACUGCCUCGUGUUCGUCAUGUCUUAACUCAGGAACGUCGCAGUUGCUGUACCGGUGUUCGGAACCAUCGUCUUUCCAAGGGAACAUUGCCGUCACAACCUUAUUAUCCUUCUCACUUUAUGCGUGGUACAGUAAUACGGCUACAGUCAGGCCAGUUGAAAAGAGUUGAAGAAAUGAGCACAGAAGACUUUGUUCUAUCUGCAGCAAUGAAAACGGAUCUCGUACUUUGCAAUAGUAGGGUCAUCCGAAUUCAAGAAACUGAAAAAGAUCGUCAGGUCCUCGUUACUUUUGCUGUUGGAGAGCAAAGAAUUUUGGUAACAAUAGCGGCAGAAAUCGAGCAUCCCUACUUUGUGGUUAACCAAGGUUGGGCAUCAUGCAACCCGGAAAGGACGCGUGUUACAUACGGAUUAAUUUGCAGACAGUUAAAUGUGGGUGAUGUAUGUAUAACAUUACGUCAUGUGGAAGGUGGUGAAACAAGCGGAACAAGUGUCAGGAGUACCAUUCGUCCUCAUAGUAGCAGUAGAGGAGGAUCAGUACCAGGUACAUCUGGCAUACAGCAAUUUUCGCGGCCUGCAUCGUUAGUACAAGCAACUCGUCAACGUUUACCACCUGUUAUUCGUGCUGAAAGAAGGCCUGGUGUUCGAUCCGCACCGUCGCAUGAAAUUCCGACCGAGGAGCUGGCAUUACUUGACAUGCGUCGACGUCUAAAGCGACGUAGACAUAAAUCAGCGUUGUGA